AUGAAAGUCUUUGGAUGGAGAGAGUAUUAUCGGGAGUACUUUAAUAUUUAUGGAUAUUAAACAUCUGAAAAAUGCCCAGAUUUGCAUAUACAAAAGAUUGGUCUGCAUCCACACUAAUGCGUCUGUAAUUUAAAGGGAGUAAUUUUAGCUUAUGCUUUGAUUUGUAAGGAUGUGACAGACGUUAUUAUAAAAACGGAAUUGAAUGGAACUCAACAUUUAUGCCAUCCCAAAUUCCAACCAUGGGGAGCUGGGACUACAACAAGGGAUAAUACCACACUUCAUUGUGGGUUUGCUGAUGGUGAUUAGUUAGUGAUGGAAAUGCUAUCAGAUGGAAAUUAUAAAUAUUAUUGCAAAUGUAUGUAUGAGGUAAUAGUUUAGAAUUGA